ACAUAGUUGCAGGGUUCGGGUAAAAAUGGCCGAAUAUUUAGCUUCGAUAUUCGGGACUGAGAAGGACAAGGUUAACUGCUCUUUUUACUUUAAGAUCGGGGCCUGCCGGCAUGGGGACCGGUGCUCCCGGCUUCACAACAAACCGACUUUCAGCCAGGGCCCACCCUACCGCCCGGCUUUUUUCUUGUCGGACCUCUGCAGGUUCCUCCCCCAACCUUCAGGCCCUUCUCCCAGGAACUUGCCACGCCCCCACCAUAGUACUGCUCAACCUGUACCGGAAUCCACAGAACACCGCCCAAACCGCAGACGGAUCGCACUGUCACGUGAGCGACGUGGAGGUGCAAGAACACUAUGAUAACUUCUUCGAGGAAGUGUUCACGGAACUGCAGGAGAAGUACGGGGAGAUUGAAGAGAUGAAUGUGUGCGACAACCUGGGGGAUCACCUCGUGGGCAAUGUUUAUGUCAAGUUUCGGCGCGAGGAGGAUGCAGAGCGGGCAGUGGCUGAACUCAAUAACCGCUGGUUCAACGGGCAGGCUGUGCAUGCCGAGCUGUCUCCCGUCACUGACUUCCGGGAGUCGUGCUGUCGGCAGUAUGAGAUGGGGGAAUGUACCCGGGGUGGUUUCUGCAACUUCAUGCACCUGCGACCUAUCUCCCGCAACCUCCGGCGGCAGCUCUAUGGGCGGGGACCCAGGCGCAGGUCACCCCCAAGGUCCCAUACUGGCCACCGUCCCCGAGAAAGAAAUCGACGACGGUCCCCAGACCACCGGCAUGGCCGUUUCUGAGAUGCUG